AUGAGCAAGAUCAUCGAGUUCAUGAAGGUCUUCAACUCGAGAACGUGCCAGGUCGUCCUCGGUGCAGGAGCGAUGCGCUCGGCGGGCCUCAAGAACAUCACGGCCAAGCACCUCGCCCUCGCGUCGCAGGCCCUGUCGAUCAUGAUCGCCCUCAUCCCGUACAUCCGCGAGGCGGUCCGGCGGCACCUCAACCCGAAGCAGGCCGUCAUGCUCACCGAGUUCGACAAACUCAAGCGCGACUACCAGGAGCACCAGCACGAGAUCCACGCCAAGCUCGUCGCCAUCAUGAGCGACCGCCUCCAGGUCCACUCGCGCUCGCUCGAGGGCAUCAACUUCGAGGAGCCGGCGCCGCGAGGCCCCGACACGCCCAACGCCUACAUGGAGGCGCUCGUCAAGGAGCACAACACGCUUCACAAGGUCCUGUCGCGCUUCCUCGCGACCGAGACGGUCGCCGCCAUCAUGGGCCAGGUCUUCUCGGCGCUCGAUGAGCGCCUCGUCGAGGUCUUUGCGCGCGUCGAGCCGAGGAGUCGAAGCGCGAGGGACCGCAUGCUCGUCGACGUGCGGUACCUGCGCGAGCGUCUCGGCGAGCUCAAGGGCGUCGAGGACAACGGGCCCGGCAAGGUGCGCCCGACUCGUUUCUUUUUUUCGCACUCCUCCUCGCGGGCACUGACCUUGCCCAUUAUCGCAGGCUCUCGAGGCGCUCGUCUCGGCUAA